AUGCAGUGUCACUCGUCAUCUGAGAGUACGAAGGGCGAACCUGACGUGGUGUAUCUGCUGCAGUGUGUGAAGAAUGCUGUUCGCCGCGACUACAAGUCUUACCACGCCUUCGAAGUGGCGUGCGUGGAUGUGGUUACCCUGUGGGCUGCUGCUGGGAACGACGAUACGGCGCUGAACCACGACGCGCGACGGGAGCUUGUGUCGGUGUGGCCAACGUUUCUCACGGGGAGUGCCGUGUAUGUGGCGAAGGGGUCGCCGCUGUCGUCUUCGCGUCCGCUUCUUGAGGCGAUUGUGGCGUCCGCUGAUGCUACGACAGGGGAAGAUAUGUCAGUUUCUGCUGCAAAUACCUCAUGUGUAGAGGAAGUUGUGCGUCUGCUCGUCUCGCACGUGCGUCAGCGGACCGCAACUCUCUCGUCCUUGAUCCCGCCACUGGACGUGCUGCAGCAAGUUAUCGGUAUCAUUGAAAUUAUUCAAGAGUACCACCUCGUUAGCGGUGAUGACGCCGCAACAUCCGCCGCUAAGAAACUUGGGGAGGUCUACAACGCCUUGGUGGAACGCUAUAUUGCAUUGUUCGUAGAGGAAGUUGCGUUUCCCAGCUACUGGAACGUGAGCCGGCAGUCAUCCUCUUUGUGUGUGCUUAUCAACGGGGUGCACCCCGCCAUCUACUUUUGCUUCACCACGUUGGUGAAUCUUGUGCAGGGGUGGAAGCGUCGGAUGUAUAUGACAGACGACAGACCCUGUCGUCAGAUUGUUGCGCGCGUGUGGGAGAGGGGCGCUGCAGCGAUCACCCUUCUCGCAGAGGAAAACGAGCUUAGUGACACGCGGAAGAAGCAGAUCCAAUCGGACGCUUUGCAUUUUGUUCUGUUUGCUCGUAUGUUUCGUAGUUUUGUUGGCGAAUAUUUCUUUUGUUCCGUUUCGGCGGCUCUCGUGAGACUUCUUGAGGCGGUGGUGAAGUGCGUCCACGGUGGAAGAGCCACAGUCAUGUCGCCACAUGGCCUUGCCGCUUUCGAGAAGGAGAUUUGGAAUGUACCGCCGAUUGAGGCAUCAGAGUGGACGCCGUGCGUUGCCAAUGCCGCCGCCGCCACAACCACCAGCUGUAGUGGUAGUAGUGGAAGCAGCAGCAACGGCGCUUUCACGCCAUGGAGCAGUGAGUUUAUUCGCCAAACUCAUGUGAAGGCCGCGCAAAUACCGCCUGAUGGUUGGGAGCAUUUCCCAUUUCGGCUGUUGAUCUGA